UGUAUUUGCUAGAUACUAACAUUUUUGUACACUCAUUUGUUUUUUUCUGAGGCGGUUGAAAUGUCACAGUUAGAGUACUUGCAUAGCUGCAACAAGAGGAGGAAAAGGUCAUCUGCAGAUCAAAGGGUUUUCAGGUUCAAGUCUUUCUGUGAGCCGGGUUAUCCAACUCAGUUCGAUGGCCCUUUCUGGAAGAAUGUCAGAGCAUUACUCGAAUUUGGGCAUAUGGAGAGUAUUCAUAGUACCAAUGGUAUGAUAAGCUGGUCCUUUCAGCUGGAAGUUCAUCGUCAUAGACCUGAUCACCGUGUCUUUCUGUUUGUUAUAGAGGAGCCAAUUGAAACUUCAAACUACCUCUACUGCAAACAUUGUCGCUACAUAGGGUGGGGACAGCAUAUGAUCUGCAACAUGAAGUAUCAUUUUGUAGUGCCCUCCAAGGAAACUGCAGCUAUGGCAUCAACAUGUUUGAGCUGCCAAGGUAAUUGCUGUGCUGAUGGUACAAUUUUAGCUGCAAGAUGCGGUACCAAGUCCUGCAGCUUGGUGGAACUGGAGGGUCACACUUUGCAUGGAGUGUUCCACUGCAAUGGCUUUGGGCAUUUGCUCUGUGUUAAUGGCCUUGAAAUGAAUUCAGACUUAACUGGUCACCAGGUCAUGGAUUUUUGGGACCGUAUCUGUACUGGCUUGCGUGCAAGGAAAGUGAGCUUGACAGACAUAUCUCAGAAGAAGGGCAUGGACUUGAGAUUACUUCAUGGACUAGCAUAUGGAGGGCCCUGGUUUUCGCGGUGGGACUACAAAUUUGGACGUGGAAGCUUUGGAGUUACAGAAUCCAUGUACCAAAAAUCAAUCCAGGCUUUACAGAACAUCCCCUUAUGCCUUCUGUUCCACCACUUAAGCCCCUCAGACAAUUACCUACCAAUCAUAUAUUCACGGUACCAAGCCUUAUCUGAGCAUUCCUUAAUAACCCUUAGUGACCUUUUCCACUUCAUGCUAGAGCUCAGGUCCCGCCUCCCAAAAGAGACUGCACCCUCUGAGCUGUUCAAUCCAGGUAUCCUUCUAGAAACUUCCUGCAGGUGGUCCCCUAAGAGGGUUGAAAUGGCCACUCGGGUCAUAGUUGAGUCUUUGAAAAGGGCUGAGCCGAAAUGGGUGUCAAGACAAGAGGUCAGGGAUGCAGCAAGGGUAUACAUUGGUGAUACAGGACUCUUGGAUUUUGUGCUCAAGUCACUUGGUAAUCAUGUUGUGGGAAAAUACCUUGUUCGUCGUAGCUUGAAUCCUGUAACCAAAGUUCUUGAAUAUUGCUUGGAAGAUAUGUCCAUUAGCCAUGAUCAUAACUUGAUGUUGAGGGAAUCUAAGUCUAAUAUGAUGGCGGUCACUAGGGCUCAACUCGCAAAGGACAUCAUGUACCUCUACAAAUCCACACUGAAAGAAAGAAAGGCAAUAUCAGGUUCAGGAAGCACAAUUUUAAUUGCUAGCAGGGUGAUCCUUGACAGCAAACACCUUGUCAAAGAAUUUAAUUAUCAACAAAACCUUCCACCUCGAAACAAAUUCAGCAUUGGGGAGGGACUAGUUGAUUUGUUCUGUACUUUACAGCUGAAAGACAAGCAAAUUAUGCAGCCUUACGAAAAUGUGAAAGUAAAAGGAAGCAUGAUGAUUGAAGAGUUAAAAAGGGAGGUUGAAAAAUGCUUCAAAGAUGUAUAUUAUGGAAUGAAAGGAUUAGUAAUUCAAUCAAUUGUCAAUGUUAAUGCAAAUGAAACAGAUUUUGUUUGUGGGGUGAUUGAAGAAGGAAAGGACAUCAUCUUUGAAGCAGGAUUUAUCGGUGAUGUUAAUGGGAACGAGCUUGGGAAUGGACCACUAAUGCAAAGAUGGAAUGUAUAUGAACUUGGAAAUUAUUGCCAUAAUCAAGGUUAUGGAUGCAUAGAUUGUGCCUGUGGUGCUAAAGAGGAUGACGGCGAAAGAAUGGUUGCCUGUGAUAUAUGCGAAGUCUGGCAGCAUACUCGAUGUGUUAGGAUUCCAAACAAUGAAGAGGUUCCAAGAAUUUUUCUAUGUGAUCGUUGUGAGCAAGACAUUAUCUUGUCCCCUUCUUUGAUUAUGUAGGUUAUUUAAUAGAUGAUUUACGUAUUAUGCAUGAUAGUAUUAGUAUGCACUACAAAAUUCAGUUAAUAUAAGCUUAAGCAUGCAAAAGAAGUCUCAUAUCUAGAUGACAUAUACAUAGAGGCAUAUUAUAAUGUAUGUGGUGAAAGAAUUCACACAAGAAGAGUGAAUAUAUAAAUUUGUAGACUAAGCAUUAGUUAUAUUUUUUGUAUUUUGGAUUUAUCCUUCUUAUAAUUCAAGUGUUUUUAUCCUCCCUUCAUUCCAAACUAAUAGUUGUUUUUGUUUGGUAACGAGUGGU